AUGUGGCUUUGGUACCUAGCGCCUGGUCAACGCCUGGGGCUGAGCUGCGGGAGAGUCUGGCUCCUGGUCCUCUUGCUGCUGGGUUGUGGCCUUGCCCGGGAAGGGGGGUCGGUCCUGAACUGCCCCCCAAAAUGCGUGUGUGCUAGCAACAUCAUCAGCUGCUCCAAGCUGGGCCUGGGAAUCAUCCCCACUAAGCUGCCUCGCUUCACAGCCAUCCUGGACCUCAGCCACAACAACCUGACCCGCCUGCGGGCGGACUGGACCCCCGCCCGCCUCCCCCACCUCCACUCCCUGCUGCUCAACCACAACGCCUUGGGCUUCAUCUCCACCGAGGCCUUCUGCCACGUCCCUCACCUGCGGUACCUGGACCUCUCCUCCAACAGCAUCAAGGCUCUGGAGGAGUUCCUCUUUAGCCAGCUGCAGGAGCUGGAGGUGCUGCUGCUCUAUAACAACCAGAUCGCCCAGAUGGACCGCAGCGCUUUCGAUGACAUGGCCAGGCUGCAGAAACUCUACCUGAGCCAGAACCAGAUCUCCCGCUUCCCCAUGGAGCUGGUGAAGGACCGGGCCAAGCUGCCCGACCUAGCCCUGCUGGACCUUUCUGCCAACAAAAUCAAGGGCCUGCCCGUCGCGGCCCUGAAAGGCCUCCCCGCCUGGAUGAAAAACGGCCUCUACCUCCACAGCAACCCGCUGAGCUGUGACUGCGGGCUGUACGAGCUCUUCACGCACUGGCACGCACGCCAGCUCAGCUCGGUGGUGGACUUCCGGGAGGAGCUGGUGUGCAGCCUGCCCCUGGCCAAGCGCAGCGUCAGCGUCUUCACCCUCAACAGCCAGGACUCCCUCAACUGCAGCGAGUUCAAGGAGCACAUGCUGGAGGCCUACCUGGGGGACACGGUGACCAUCGACUGCGACACCAAGGUCCGGGGGGCGACCACCAGGGAGUGGGUGACCCCAAACAACAGGCGCUUCCCGGAGGAGACCGCCAACAGCACCAUGACAGUGCUGAGCAAUGGCAGCCUGCAGAUCCGCCUCAUCCGGGUGGAGGACAUGGGCACGUACACCUGCUAUGCGGUCAGCCAGGCCUUCAAUGAGACCCUCUACGUGGACGUGAUGGUCCACAACUUCACCCAGCACGGACCUCACGACACGCUGAACACGGCCUACACCACACUGGUGGGCUGCAUCCUCAGCGUCAUUCUGGUGCUCAUCUACCUGUACCUGACACCGUGCCGCUGCUGCUGCCGUGGCAACGAGAAGCUGGCCGCCCAACCGGAGGACAGCAUCAACUCCUCCAUGCUCAGCACCACGCCCAACCACAACCCCGAGGUGGCCGUUCGCAAGGGAAGCCUCAGCCACCUCGCGGCUUCCGGCCCCAUGCAAGGCCAGAACGGUAAGGUCAAACCCAACAGCACGCCAGAGCAGGCAGCCAGAAGGGCCCAGAAGGCCCCCAGGAAAAUGUCAGACCCGGACUCUGUCAGCUCUGUCUUCUCGGACACGCCCAUCGUAGUGUAG